AUGCUGCAGGUGCGACGUGUAUUGUAUUUUCUGCCUCUAAUUAUGAGUGUUGCCUCUGUUUGCUUGGCGGCUGCUGAGGCUGGGAAUUCCCGGAGUUCUUCUUUUGCAUCUUCUAACUCUGGUGGUGAUGAUUGUCGUCCUCCUGAUGAAGAAAAUGCUAGAAAAACUCUUAAUGGUCCUCUUAAUAUUCCUCAAUAUUGUGCUGAACAGCGUCGUUCUAAUGCUUCUCCUGCUGGUGGGGGUAAUGGUGGCUCUGCUCAUCCUGCUGCUCCUCUACCUAAUCCUCCUAUUGAUUCACCUCCUUCACCUAUUGCUGAAGUUCCUCCUCCUAUUGCUGGUGGUGCUGGGGAAGCGAGUAACGGUUCGUCUCCAUCUGGAGGUCAAACUGGAGCCAACGUCAACAAUCCAGCAGGUGAAGGUGCAGUCAACGCGGAGAGUACAGCAGCAGCACAACCCACUUCUCCUUCUCCCGAAUCUUCAGACACAGAGACUGCCAAUGGUUCUGGUACUGCAAACGCUGGGGGUGGCAGUACACCUGCAGGGAGUGAGCCAUCCAAUAACCCAAGUGAUGCGGAAUCAACAACUACUACUACUCUGCCAAGACCCGAGAAUACUACCACAGAAGCACCAACCAACUCUUCAUCUCCUUUACCCAACGUAGAGAUCAGCACCAUCGCUUCCACAGUUGAGAAGAAUAAGGGUAAUGUUGACAGCAGUGUCAAUCCUGUAUGGAUGUGCACUGCAGCACCGCUACUGAUUGUGGCUGUGUUGUUCUCCGUUACCGUGUACUGA